AUGUACAAAAGUCUUAUGUGACAUUUUGGGUAUACUUUUCUAAAGUAAGAGAUACUGCUUGUUUGUUACAGACACGUGACUUUUUUAUGCGGUAAUGGAGGCGUUUACGCGCUUGGUGCUGUCGUUACCAAUUACAUGGGGGACCUCAGAAAGCGUGACUUGUUUUUGGCUCUGUUCAUUGAGGUGGCAAAAGAGAAAGCCCUACCAGUAGGACCAGAGGAAGGUGGUUUUGGAAUGUCAUAUGAUCUUAUGUACGGACGUGCUGGAUUCUUAUGGGGUGCACUAUUCCUAAACAAGAACUUAGGAGAAGAAGCAGUGCCAAAGGACAUUCUUGUACCGAUCAUUGAUGCAGUGUUGGCUGGUGGUAGAGCAGGAGCGUCUGACAUUAAAGACUGUCCAUUGAUGUAUAGAUGGCACGGAACAAGGUACCUUGGUGCAGCAAAUGGCCUUGCUGGUAUCCUUCAUGUGCUGCUUCAUUUUCCACUUUCCAGUGAGGAUGCUGAAGAUGUCAAGGGAACUUUGAGGUACCUCAUGAGUAAGCGGUUCCCUCGCAGUGGAAACUACCCCUCCAGUGAAGGGAAUCCAAGGGAUAAGUUAGUGCAAUGGAGUCAUGGUGCAACUGGCAUGGCCAUCACUUUGUGCAAAGCAGCACAAGUGUUUCCUAAUGACAGAGAACUUCGAGAUGCAGCAAUAGAAGCAGGGGAAGUUGUGUGGAAAAAUGGACUGGUGAAGAAGGUGGGACUAGCAGAUGGGAUAUCUGGAAAUGCCUAUGCCUUCCUUUCCCUGUACCGACUCACUAGAGAGAGUAUUUACGAAGAGAGAGCAAAAUCAUUGGCUUCCUUCUUGUAUGACAAUGCAAAAUCUCUUGCUCCUGCCAAUGGCUAUUCACUCUUCCAAGGUCUUGGGGACAGCAUGCCUCUGGUUUGAUCUGCUUCAACCACAAAACUCUAGCUUCCCAGGUUAUGAAUUAUAGAUUGAUGCAGAUAGAACAAGUUUCAUGUAAAAAUAUGACUGAUAUGAUAUGAUAAUAGAAGACAGAAUUAAAAUAACAAUAAUAAUAAUAAUACAGUGUUUGUUGACUCAGAAUUAUGUGAUAUAACUAAUGAAUAAACAUAGUUUAACCCUCUAUCUUUAUCUACGUAAACUGAAACCAGAUUGUUCUGAAGUUCUGGAAAAGGCUAUUUGUAAAUAUUAUAAGUACAUUUUCUUUGUU